AUUAAUACAAUAUAUAUAUGGCGGACAUAAUAGACGAACAUGGGAACCCGAUUCAACUGACUGACGAGCAAGGCCAACAAGUUCGACUCACCGACGAGCAUGGCGUCCCCAUGCACCUUACUGGCGUUGCUCAGCCCAUGACGGCCGUUGGAAAGGAUGAUGCACUUGGCGGUGGUCAGGCGGUGAUGGGUGGUGGUGACGUGGGAGGUGAUAAACAUCAGCUUGGAAAGACUGGAAGUUCCUCGGGCUCUGGAUCUAGCUCGUCUGAGGAAAACGACAACCGAGAAGGAGUGAGGAGGAGGAAGAAAAAAGGAUUGAUGCAAAAAAUUAAGGAAAAGCUUCCAGGACAUAAAAACAAGGAUGAGCAGGAACAAGUACUUCCUGAGAAAGUGUAUACCGCCACCACGAAAGUAACCGUUACCACACCGGCCGGACCGAUAGGUGAACCGAAACCCGAGCACGUUCAUGUGGAGCACCGUGAGGAAGAACAUGAGAAGAAGGGUUUGAUGGAUAAGAUCAAGGAUAAACUUCCCGGACACCACUGAAACAUUAACAUAUAUAGUUGAUGUUAAGUUCUUAUUUGUGUUCGUGCUAGUACAUACUACGUAGUUUACAGUUGAUUUUACGAAUUGGAAGUCGUAUGUGUUAAGUUAAUGGUUGUGUUACUAUUUUGGUUUUCAGUUGUAUAAACGUUGCUUUUGGUUUCAUAAUGAUCUUUAUUGGUGUAAACUAA